AUGAACUUGAGACGACUCAUUUUUGUCGACUCCCGAGACCCAUCCGCAUUAUGCAAACGCUUCUCGCUGUCGGCCGAUGGCAAGCUUCUGGCCGCCUCGUUCGCAAGUGGUGAUGUCCUCGUAUGGCGACUAUCCGAUGGCCUACUCGUUCAACGCCUGCAUCAUCAGGGCCAUACGGAACCUGUUUACUCCCUUGCGUUUUCUCCCGACAAUCAUUCCCUUGUCUCGGGGUCCGAGGAUACGACCGCGAUUGUCUGGGAUAUUCGCCAUGGUCGCGCACUUCUACGUCUAGAGGGACAUUGCGGGACGGUGGGGAGAGUCGCUUAUGCUCCUUAUGGCGCGUUCAUUGCGACGGCUUCUGAUUCCGACGAAUCCGUGAAGAUUUGGGAUGCUACAACCGGAGCAUGUCUACACUCCUUUGACAUCAAGGGGCGCCCACACCAGGUCGCCUUCUCCCCAAAUGGUUCACACGUCUACAUUGACGGCAAUAACUGCUGUUCAAUUUACGAGACCCAAACUUACACGUACAUUGCUGAAUUACGGCACCGCGACGAAAAAUACUGCGAGUCGUCAGUGUCUCGCCAAGGUGACCGCAUAGUCACCGCAUCGUUGAAAGAUCAAGUGAAGAUUUGGAGUGCGGAGACUGGCGAACAGCUUCUCACAAUCGACCACCCGCGAAAGCUCUCGUACCCUGCGAUGCUCUCUCCAGACGGCUCCGAAGUGGUGGCGGCUUGUGAUAAGGACAAGACGGCCGCCGUCUUCGACUCAUGGACAGGUCAGCUACGUCGCGUCUACCCGCUCUCGAGAGCAUCGUAUCAUGCGUCAUACUCUCCACACGGAGACUACGUUGCUUUUGGAGAUGGCGCGGGGGUCCUCUACGUGCACGACGCGAAGUCCGGACGCCUACAUCAUCAAGGCCAUGCAAAACCUAUUUCCUCCCUUGCAUUUUCUCCUGACGAUCGCUCUCUUGCCUCGGGGGCCGAGGACGGGACCGUGGUUAUCUGGGAUAUACGACAUGGUCGCGCACUUCUGCGUCUAGAAGGACAUCGUGGGACGGUGAAGAGAAUCGUGUAUGCCCCCCAUGGCGCGCUCAUCGCUACCGGCUCUGAUUACGACCACUCUGUGAAGAUUUGGGAUGCCUCGACCGGAACAUGCUUGCACCGCAUCGGUUUGGCGAGAGACUUAUGUCAGGUCGCCUUCUCCCCCAAUAGCUCACACCUCUACAUUGACCAAAUCGGCACCUGUUGGAUCUAUGAGACCCAAACUUACACGUGCAUCGCUGAAUUAGGGCCCCUUACCCCAGGAUACCACCAGCUGUCAGUAUCUCGCCAAGGAGACCGCAUAGUCACCACAUCGCGGGAUGGUCAAGUGAAGAUCUGGAGUGCGGUGACUGGCGAAGAACUUCUCACAAUCGACUACCCGAAAGGGCUCUGGGAUCCCGCGAUACUCUCCCCUGACGGCUCCGAGGUAUUGGCAGCUUGUGCCCCAGAUGGAACGGCUGUCACCUUCGACUCAUGGACAGGCCAGCUACGUCGCGUUUACGAGCUCCCAAGAGUAUCGAAUCAUGUGUCAUACUCGCUAGAUGGAGACUGCGUUGCCAUGGAAGAUAUCCCGGGGGAUCUCCACGUCCGCGACGCAAAGUCCGGAGCGUUCCUUGCGAAGUUUAAGGCGCUCAGUCGUGACGCUGGUUUCAAUGACGAGCCUCUAUUUCUACUCGGGAAUCAAAAUUUCAUGGUGCAUUUCUCGGACGGACUUUCGCUUCUGCAUAAUAUCCAGGAUAUGUUGCGAUUGAGAUAGCAUAGAAUUAUUAUAGCGACGCUUGCCUCUGGUCCUUCUAGAAUGCGACGAGUUUCGGUCGAUGCGAGCAUUAAGGGACUGCAAUAUGCAUAGCCCCGGGUUGGCGAAGAAAAAAAUCAAGGGGAUCGCAGGCGUACUUUGUACCUGAACAGAGAGUAUCAUGGAAUGAACUAUUGCGGCGC